AUGCCUCCUCCGCCGCACCAAAAACCGGAAAAUGUCCUGAAGCGCGCCCACGAGCUCAUCGGGGUCAACCAGGCCCCUGCGGCCUUGACCCUGCUGCAUGAGCACAUCACCAGCAAACGCUCUCGUAGCGUCCCGAUCGUAUCGCUCGAACCUGUUAUGAUUCUCUUGGUCGAGCUCUCCGUCGAGCAAAAGAAGGGAAAGCUAGCCAAGGAUGCUCUGUAUCAGUACAAGAAUAUCUCCCAAAAUACGAAUAUUGGCACCAUCGAGCUGGUUCUCAAGAAAUUUAUCGAGCUCGCUGUGGGUAAGGUCACCACUGCUCAGGCCAAGGCCGACGAAGUCCAGUCGACGAUCGAAGCCACCACCGCUACAUCCAACGUCGACGACUUGGAGGCUACCGAGACCCCCGAAUCCAUCCUCCUCGCCACCGUCUCUGGUGAGCAGUCCCGCGACCGUACCGACCGUGCCAUCGUUACUCCCUGGCUGAAGUUCCUGUGGGAGGCCUACCGUACUGUCCUGGACAUUCUCCGCAACAAUGCUAGGCUCGAGAUCUUGUAUCAGAGCACUGCCAUGCAAGCCUUCGACUUCUGCCUCAAGUACACUCGCAAGACUGAAUUCCGAAGACUUUGCGAACUUCUCCGAAACCAUGUGCAGACGGCAGCAAAAUACUCGUCCCAGAUGCAUGCCAUCAAUCUCAACGACCCAGAUACUCUCCAGCGUCAUCUCGAGACUCGAUUCCAACAACUCAACGUUGCCGUCGAGCUGGAGCUCUGGCAGGAAGCCUUCCGCAGCGUUGAAGAUAUCCACACUCUGCUCAACCUCAGCAAGCGACCCCCCAAGAAUGUCAUGAUGGCCAACUACUACGAGAAACUCACACGUAUCUUCCUUGUGGGAGAGAACUACCUCUUCCACGCUGCUGCCUGGUCUCGAUACUACACUCUCCUCCGCCAGUCUGCAGCCCUGGUGGCCGCCGGCCAGGGCAAGAAGGCUGACAACCCUCCCGCUUCUGAUGCUGAUCUGCAGAAGGCUGCUUCCUUUGUCCUUCUGUCAGCUCUGGCUAUCCCUGUCAUCAGCACCUCGCGAUCUCGAGGUGCCAUGGUCGACUUUGACGAGGCCAGGAAGAACAAGAAUUCUCGCUUGACACACUUGUUGGGCAUGAACCAGGCCCCUACCCGCUCCCGCCUCUUCAAGGAUGCUCUAUCCAAGUCUCUCCUUCAGCGUGCCCGCCCCGAGAUCCGUGACCUCUACAACAUUCUUGAGGUUGACUUCCACCCGCUUUCCAUCUGCAAGAAGAUUUCUCCUAUUCUCACAAAGAUUGGAGCCGAUGCGGAGAUGGAGAGGUAUGUCGUGCCUCUUCAGCAAGUCAUUCUCACGAGACUGUUCCAGCAGUUAUCGCAGGUGUACGAUACCGUGGAUUUGAGCUUUGUGGAGGGCCUAGCCCAGUUCCCUGAACCAUACCAAGUGUCCCGCAGCACCAUCGAGAAGUUCAUUAUGAACGGUAAUAAGAAGGGUGAUCUUUCUAUUCGCAUGGAUCAUGCCACUGGUGUCUUGAGCUUCGAUAACGACGUGUUCUCAUCAGCCAAGGCUGGUCACAGUGGUUCUGGAGGAGGCUCCGCUGAGUCUGAGACAGGCACCGUCCAACGCCUGCAGAGCACUCCUUCUGAGAUUGUUCGUUCUCAACUCACCAGGCUUGCCCGCAGCCUUUACACUACGUGCCAUUACAUUGAUCCUGAGUUCAACAAGGAGCGCUUGGCAGCUCGAAAUGCCGCACUGGCCCGAGCAAAGGCGGGCGCGGAGCAGGAGCACCUCGACACAAUCGCUCGCAAGGAAAUCAUCCAGAAGCGCAAGGAAGAAGCCUCUGAACUCCAGGCUCGACGCGAGAAGGAACUCUCCCGCCAGAAGCGACUCCGUGAGCAGCAGCUUCAGGAGGCUGAGGACAAGCGUCUGGCUGAUGAACAGAAGGAGCGUGAAGAAAAGCGUAUCAAGGCCGAGCACGAUCGUGUCCGCAAGGAAGAGCUUAAGAAGCAGAUUGCCGAUCUCAAGAUGAAUGACAAGGCCCUUGACAUUGAUCUUGAUGACCUGGAUAACCUGGACACCAACCGUCUUCGAGCCAUGAAGCUUGCACAGCUUGAAAGAGAGAAGAACGAUGUCAAUGAAAGACUCCGCAUCACUGGCAAGCGCAUCGACCAUCUUGAGCGUGCUUUACGUAAGGAGGAAGCCAAGAAGUUGAACAUUGACUACGAGGCGCAAAUCGCCGAAGACCGAAAGAUCUAUGAACAAGUCAAGGCUAAGACCCUUAAGGAAGCUGAGGAGAAGCACGCCGCCAGCGUUGAGCUCAAGCACAGACUUAGCCGUCUGGUUCCUCUCUACGAGGGCUUCCGAUCGUCUCUUCAUGAGCGACGCCGCGAUGAGUUUGAGAAGCGUCGUAGGGAUGCCGAGCGUGAAUUGGAGAAGCAGAUUAAUCUCCGAAAGAAGGAGCACCGAGAUCGCAAGCUCCGUGAGAAGAGGGAACGUGAAGAGAGGGAACGACAGUUACAAGAGGCUGAAGAGCGCGCUGCUCGCGAGAAGGAGGAGCAGCGUCUCCGUGAAGAGGCCAAGAGGGCCGAACUUGCCAAGCUUAAGGAACAGCGCGAAAAGGAGCGACAGGAGACGCUGGAGAAGGCUGCACUCCAGCAACGUCGUGAGGAAGAAGCUCUCGCCCGUCGCAAGGCUGAGAGGGAGAAGCCUGCCCCAGCCCCGGCCCGUGUACCAGAGCGUAGCCAAGCUACCGAAGGCCGAAGACCUCCUGUUAUUGGAUCCGGCAAGUGGCGUGAGCGUGAAUCUUCACAGCCUGAAGACGCCCCUCCCCCCGCUCGUGGAGCUCCUAUCGAGCGAACAGAUUCCAAUGAGCGCUCCUCCGGUGGACCACCCCGCCUGCAGCUCGCCGGCAGCAAGCCCAGCUGGCGCGAGCGUGAAGCCGCAAGGGCUGCUGCUGGCGGCGGUGCCCCGGCUGGCGCCUCUGACAACGCACCACCACCAAGGAGGUUCGAGCCUCGCGGCGGAGCUCCCAUGGACCGCUCUGGUUCCGGCCGGGGCGACAACAACCGGGCGGAGCCUCCUGCUCCGGCUGAGAAUUUGCCUCCUUCGCGGACUGCUGUGGCCCUGAAAGAUGUGUCGCCGUCUCAAAUCUGCCAGGUUUUCUUCGUCUUCGCAUCUGUCACAAUCAUCACGAUCCAAACCCUACCUACCACCUACCGCGAAGCGUUGAUGGACUACGGAGCUCGUUUAGAGAACGACUCCAGACAGAGUCUUCUUGCCCGGUUUCUGGACUGCCUCCAGGUGCCUCAUUCGUGGUUUCUUCACUUCUAUAUCCUCUCAGUGAGCCUGUCCGCUUUCUGGGGCUGGCAAUAUGUUACCCGGGGCACUGUGCUGAGAAAUAUUGCGUCGGCCCAAGUCGCUGCAGGAAAUAAACCUCCCAUUGACAUCUCCCAGGUGUAUGUUGCGUGGGCUCUGAUGGCCCUCCAAGGGACUCGGAGACUCUACGAGAGUCUCUUUGUGACUAAAUCCGGGAGCUCGCCAAUGUCAAGCCUUCACUGGCUGCUGGGCCUGCUUUAUUAUGCAUCCAUGAGCGUCUCUGUCUGGAUAGAGGGUUCAGGCGCGAUCAUCAACUCGUGGGAGGACGAACAGGUCAUCUUGCGGCCCCCAAAACGACUUGCCCUCGGAGUCGCUCUUUUCACAGCUGGGUGGUUGAAGCAGCAGCAGUGCCACAAGUACCUGUCCAGCCUCAAGAAGUACACGCUUCCCGAGCAAGGCUGGUUCAAACACAUUGUCUGCGCCCAUUAUGCCAGCGAAUGUCUUCUGUAUCUUGGUCUGUGUGUUUUGGCUACACCUUCAGGCCAACUUUUCAACAAUACCCUCCUGCUGGGCCUUUUGUUUAUUGCGAUCAAUCUGGGUACGACGGCCAAGGGUACGAAAGAAUGGUAUGCUCAGAAGUUCGGUGCUGAGAAGGUAGACCCCAAGUGGAGGAUGAUUCCGUUUGUCUGGUAG